UAAGGGAUUUUAUGUGUGAGCACAGUAAAUGAACAGCUUUAAGAGAUGGCUGCAAUUAGGUUAGUGUACGCGAAAAUAAUAAUUUUCUCCUGCUUCAUACAUCAGAUGUUGCCAAAUGAAAACAGCGACGUCAUAGCAGAAUCCGGGCAUAAGUUUUGGUUGCAGUCACUAAUUGGUAACGAAGAAAUAAUUCCGAAAGUAACAAGUCUAAUUGAAGAUUGUAUUGCGCCGAUUUUAAAAAAUUCUACGAAUAUUUUGUGUAGGAAACACAGUGACAUAUAUAUGGAUGGAUUAAGAAACGGUACACCAUGGGCUUACCACAUGUUAGAUUCUACAGCGAAACUUGAAGCUGGAAUCCUGAUGGGGAAUUUGGUCUCAAUGGGGAAUUUUGACGAAUGCAUUGGCGUGACUGACGUGCAGACAGAUUUGGGUCCGUUUCAUGGCAAACAUUGCCUGGCAAGUUUGACGUGGGAAAAUGAUACAUUUCUUUCUACAAAGAAAUUAUUCGAUUUAAUAGAAGUGCCUGGCGGUUCAAAUUCAGUCACUAUUCAGUGGGGAUUCUGCAUUCCGUCGACGUGUGGCGCUGAAGACAUGAGAGCUGGGCUGAGUACCGUACUUCACCGUGACGUCACGGUUACCCUUAGCGAGCUGGAUUGUCACACCAACGAAGGGAAGAAACUGAAAAUAAUCGACUACGUAGCAAUUGCGGUGUUCGUCACAUUUGGGCUGUCGGUGAUUCUCAGCACAUCGUAUGACCUUUUGAAGAAAGGUCGCGGGAAACAAAUACUUAUCUCAUUUUCGUUGUAUACCAACGGUAGAAAAUUGCUGAGUACCAAGGACUCGCCAGAAACCCUGACAUGUCUCAGUGGUAUCCGUAUCCUGAGUAUCUGUUGGAUCGUACUGGGGCACAGAUACUUGUUGUCCAUGAAUGUGCCAUCUAUCAACGCCAUCACCGGAUAUGGGUUUAUCAGCGACUGGAGUACAAUGGUGAUAAUUAACAGUGUUCUGGCUGUUGACACUUUCCUACUUGUAAGUGGACUACUAGUAGCUUAUGGGCAGCUCGGCCAUGUGGACCGACGCCAGAAGUUUUUAAAUGUGCCCUUAUAUUACCUGCACCGCUAUAUCAGAUUGACACCUGCCUUAGCUGUGAUGGUGCUAAUGCAAUUGAGCCUCAUAGAACAUAUGGGCUCAGGUCCACUUUGGGAUAAAGGUAACAAACAUCUGACCCAGUUAUGCCAGGAGAAUUGGUGGUCUGCUCUCCUGUACGUACAGAACUACGUCAGUGAUUACAGAAUGUGUGUUGGCCAUAGCUGGUAUCUAUCGGUGGACAUGCAACUUUUCUGGAUAUCCCCGCUGAUAUUGUUACCUCUAAUUAAGUGGCCACGGAAAUGGAACCUGCUACUUCUAGGCACCCUUAUCAUCGGAGGAAUUAUCAUUUCUUACACGGUCAAUUACGUGAAUGAAUUUCCAGCAGGAAUCAAUGCUGGAGUAGGACCAGAGUGGGACAACAGAGAUCGGUACGAAUACAUCACAACGCAUGCGCGUUUCACUCCUUGGCUUAUCGGGUUCGGGCUGGGAUAUCUGCUACAUUGUUGCAAGGGCAGGAAACCACUGCUCACCGGGCUGCAAGUCUAUACAGGGUGGAUGCUGUCUGCGUUGGGAUGCUUCAGUGCCAUCUAUUGGAGACUACCUUUCCAGCAACCAGACUACAAAUACAAUGUCUACAUUUCCGCCAUUUACGCCUGUCUGAAUCGACCAAUCUGGGCCUUUGCUGUGGGAUGGGUCAUCUACGCAUGCGUCACAGGUUAUGGAGGACCGGUAGACAAGCUCUUAUCAUGGGGAGCGUUCAAACCACUUGGGCGUCUCACGUACUGCAUCUACCUUGUCCACUUUACGUACAUAUUGUAUCGGCAGCUAACAACAAGGACACCUAUUUACAUAAAUGGCAUUAAUCUGAUGUCGCAGGUCGUCAGCGAUGUAUUUUUCUCCAUUCUAUUCGCCGCCUUGCUCUCCUUGGGUUUUGAGGUACCAGCACUCAAUGUUGAGAAGGUUUUGUUGCGAGCAGAGAGAGCAGAUAAGUCAGACAUCGUUCAGAGGAAAUCUGUAGAAGACGGACGCAUAAAUCAGGGAUUUGCAGCUAAGGAUAAUCGGUAAUUCAAGAAAUGAAAAGAUAGGUAUAAAAUCUGAAGUACUUAAACUCUGUCUAAAAUAUCUUCGAAUGUGCGUCAUCGCAAGAAUCUACAUUAUUUACACAUGCAAAUACUUUAUUCAUUUGGCGAAGUUUGAUAAUAAACUCUGCAAGCUAUAAAUGAUUAUCUCCGGAAACAUCAGGAACUCUCCCGCCUUAUGGUUGCCUAUUCUAGAUAUGGCGUAACCUCAAAGAUAUUCCGGACGGAGACCACAUGAGCAAUUUACAAAUGCAUGAACGAUUCGUGAUGAUUUGGGAUUCCCCUGAGGGAAACUAGAAGAAAUAAACUUUUAUUUUACGAAAGAGUCAAUACAGUAGGGCCCAGCCAGUUAUAUAUAAUGUAUCUUUUAUGUACACUGUAUUCCAUAGGGUUUAUACUGUCUAUUGUAUUCACAUAUAUUGUUGAACUUACAGAAUAAACAGUAUUUAUUUAUUAUAGUUUACAUAUGGCAUGUUAUUUUUGUGAGUACUAACUUCAGGAAUAUGACGCCGUGUGAUCUGGUGGAUGUUUAUGGAUGUUUCACAUAAACGUUAAUAUUCAUAACAUUAGGGAGAGUAAAAAAAUAGGUCACAAAUCGAUAUGAAACAUGUAAUAUUCUAAGAUGAAAAAAAAAUUGUUUUCUCGAAAUAUCCUCCACCAACACUUGUUCUAUCGCUUUACCGGUGUGACGAAACCCACAGUAUAAAAGUCUUUUUGACUGUUGUCUCGGACACUUCCGCACCUCCGUUUCAACCUCUUCAUAAUCAGCGAAAUUUCUGUUACACUCAGCUGCGAACCGCUUUACGUGACAAACACUUCUCGAUGUAAAUAACAAACAUUUCUUCAUAGAUAUCCUUUGCAUUGAGUCUUUUUGUCCAUAAAGACGAACAACAGAACAUUGUUCUUCAGUAGCACACACUUCAAGCACAGUCGCCAUUUUGACUACUGAAACCAGCCUCUGAACAUGUACAUGCGCUUCUGCUACCUAGACUUUCAUGAACCUGGACUGUGCUGGUACCUAGUGAUACACAUAGAAAACCUAUUACAUCCAUUAAGGCGCGUCCACAUUACGCAAGCUCGUG